GUCCCGGGCAGUGAAGCAGUGAAGACUUCUUCGCUGAGAAUUGAGUACAACGGAAAUUUUGCUUCUUCUCCUUUAUUUUUCACGACUUUUUCGACUGGCGAAGUGGGAGGACGCUCGCCAAUUUUGUAAUGCUAAAAUCUGAGCGACGGGAACCGGGGCGGGUGAAGAAGCGAAGGAGAAGGCACAUGGGAUAAGGGCACGACUGAUGAGCUUUGCAAACGAGCUGUCACAUUCAUUAAAAACAUUUUUGUGUGUGGAUAGGAGUGGGGUCCACAUCUCGUGGAGAAAAUGCUGCGUUUGACAUAUUUAAGCCUUCUUUGGUGGACUUUGUUCAUGUACAAAGUGAGCACGACUGUUGCUCAGGAUAAGGGAGGUUACUUGGUGGCCGCUCCCUCAGUGUUCCGAGCGGGUGUCGAGGAGAGCAUCAGUGUAACCAUCUUCAACGCCAAAGCAGAAACUCGUGUGCAGGUCCAACUGUCGAUGAAAGGGCAAGUGGUCGCUCACAGCCACGGCUCCGUGCUCGACAAAGGCACCAUCAAACUGAAGGUUCCCUCUGGCCUAAGAGGCCAGGCCCACCUGAAGCUGUGGGGGAACCGUCACCUCACAGAGGGGGGCUACAUCUUCCACAACUACACCACGGUCACGGUGGAGAGCAAGGGCACAGCUGUUUUCAUCCAGACUGACAAGCCCGUCUACAAGCCCAAACACAAAGUGUUCAUCAACGUCUACACAGUCACGCCUGACUUGAGGCCAGUUAAUGAAAAGAUUGAGGCAUACAUUUUGGAUCCAAGAGGAUCCAGGAUGGUGCAAUGGAAGGGUCUUAAAUCUAUCUGCUGUGGAAUAGUCAACAUGAGUUUCCCUCUGUCCGACCAGCCCGUGUUUGGAGAGUGGUUUAUUUUCGUGGACGUGCAGGGCCACACCUACAACAAAUCAUUUGAAGUGCAGAAAUAUGUCAUACCCAAGUUUCAGUUAAUGAUUGAGCCUCCCCGCUACAUCCGUGACCUGAACACAUGCGAGCAGGCCACUGUCCGGGCUCGGUACACAUUCGGAAAAGCUGUGUCAGGGAAGUUAAGCGUAAACAUGACAGUGAAUGGAGUGGGUUACUAUCGUCAUGAGAUGGGUCAUCCUGUGAUCAAGAACAUGGAGAUGAAAGGUUCUACAAACUUCAGCUUGUGCGUCAAAGACAUGAUGCCCCUGGACGUUGCCGACCACUUCAGGGGCACGGUGAGCAUCUGGGCCUCGCUUACUAGCACGGACGGCAGCAGGCAAACCACCUUUGACGAUUCCACACCAGUCCAGAAGCAGCUCAUUGACAUUAGGUACUCCAAGGACACACGCAAACAGUUCAAGCCAGGUCUGCCUUACAAAGGGAAGAUCGAGGUAACCUACCCUGACGGAAGCCCCGCUGAUGGCGUGAGGGUGCGUGUUAAGGCCGAGUUGUCCCCGAAAGACAAUGUAUAUACCAGCGAACUAAUUUCCAAGGAUGGUCAGGCCACCUUUGAGAUUCCGUCCAUCCCAACCGCAGCUCAGUAUGUGUGGCUUGAGACAAAGGUGACUUCCAUUGAAGGCAAGGCAGUUGGAGACCAGUACUUGCCCAGCUAUCUGUCCAUCAGCAGCUGGUACUCUCCCAGCCGGUGUCACAUACAGAUCCAGAGCCCCAGUGCCCCACUCAAGGUUGGCCAAGAGGCAGAAGUGUCACUUAAAUCCACGUGUCCCUGUAACUUCACAUUGCACUAUGAGGUGGCUUCUAGGGGAAACAUCAUCCUCUCCGGCCAGCAGCCCGCCAACCUCACGACCCCGCACCGAGGAAAACGGGCCACGGUCACCUUUGACAAAAACAUUCACACUACCCACUCGCCGGUCGCUGACUCAGGCUCUUUCACACAGACGGAAAUGGACAGUUGUGUCUCGUACCUGCGCUUCACUGUCACUCCCACCAUGGCACCACUCAGCCGUCUACUCGUCUAUUACGUGCGGGAGAACGGCGAGGGAGUCACGGACAGUAUGCAAAUCUCCAUCCAGCCUACCUUUGAGAACAAGGUGUCUCUUUCUUUGUCCACCAACGAGUCCAUGCCAGGUGAUUCCGUGAGCGUGCAUGUCCAUGCAGAAAAAGGCUCCUGUGUUUGUGUGGCCACUGUGGACAAAAGCCUUUACUUGUUGAAGCCAGACUUCCAACUUAGCCAAGACAAGGUGUUCAAAGAGCUGUCAGAUUUCGACGUUUCGGAUGCCUUCGGCGUUCAGAAAGACGAUGGACACUUUUGGUGGCCUGGGCUGUCGUCGAAGAGACGCCGACGCUCCUCAGUUUUUCCCUGGCACUGGGAUAUCACCAAGGACGCGCGCUUUGCCUUCUCAGAAACGGGGCUUGUCGUGAUGACAGACAUGGUGAGUUUGAACCACCGGCAAAGUGGAGGCAUGUACACCGAUGAGGCCAUCCCUGCCUUUCAGCCGCAUAGUGCCACCCUGGUUGCUGCCAUGCACUCUCGUUCCACAUUCAGACCAGAGAAGCGGAGGCGUACAUUCUUCCCGGAGACGUGGGUGUGGCACUGCCUCAAUGUCAGCGCUGAAACGGGUGAAGCCGAGCUACGACUGGAAGUGCCAGACUCCAUCACUACCUGGGUCACCGAAGCCAUUAGCCUGUCCAAAGACAACGGUCUAGGCUUGGCCAAGAGAGUGGAGCUCCGUACAUUCAAGCCUUUCUUUGUGGACUUUACGUUGCCUUACAGCUUAAUCCGAGGGGAGCAAACCAAAGUUCCCCUGACCGUCUACAACUAUCUGCCAACGUGUGCUGAGGUUCACAUUAAAGUGUCAGUUCCAAAGGGCAUCAAGUUUAUUGGUCAUCCUGGAAAGCACCACCUCACAAGGAAGAAGUGCGUAGCUCCUGGGGAGGCAACACCAACCACCAUCGUGUUGGCUUUCAGUGAACUGGGUCCAGCAAACAUUACAGCUCGGGCCAUCGCCUACACUGAAACAAGCUGCUGUUCAGACUUACUACAGUCGGGCAAAACAGGAAAUGAUGUGGAGGAAAGAAGGACACCCACUGGCCUGGACUUUGUGCGUAGGACGGUCCUUGUCGAGUCAGAAGGCUUGCCAAGAGAAUAUACGUAUAGUGUCUUCUUCUGUCCCAAUGAGAGAAUCCAGAUCUCGACGCCAAACAAGUAUGAGUAUCAAUACGUGAAGAAGCCGGCCAAGAUGAGCGAGUUUCAGGUGGCUGUGAAGACGCACAACGACGCCCAUUUUGCCCUCUCACCCACACCACACGACAGUGCUGAGAUGAUAGAGAUCGUGCUAGGUGGCCGACAGAACACUCGCUCCUGGAUUUCCUUGGGCAAGAUGGGUGAGCCACUCGUCAGUGUCCCUACACCGGGCAUCCUAUCAUGGGAUGAGUUCCGCAGCUUUUGGAUAAGCUGGAAAGAAGGUCUUGUGCAGGUUGGCCAUGGUUUACAUCCAUCCAAUGCAUCAGUUAUCCUUCAUUGGCCCUGCACAACCCCUUUACAGGUUCGACACAUAGGCUUCUCCACAGGAUGGGGCUCAGUUGGGGAAUUUAAGAUCUGGAAAAAGGAAGACUCGGAUGAGAACCAUAAUGAGGCCUUUACUCUCGGGGUCCCACACAACAUGGUGCCUGGAUCUGAGCGAGCUUCCGCAUUUAUGAUUGGCGAUGUAAUGGGACCCACAUUGAACAACCUAGACAAGCUGUUGCGACUGCCGUUUGGGUGUGGAGAACAGAACAUGAUCCACUUCGCGCCCAAUGUCUUUGUGCUCAAGUACUUGCAGAAGACACGACAGCUCAGCCUCGAGGUGGAAAAUGAGGCGACUGAUUACCUCUUGCAAGGCUACCAGAGACAGCUGACCUACAAACGUCAUGAUGGCUCCUACAGUGCUUUCGGAGAGAGGGAUUCCUCAGGAAGUAUGUGGUUGACAGCCUUCGUGCUCAAGUCCUUUGCCCAGUCGCGGGGUUUCAUCUUUAUUGACCCUGAGGAGCUGCGAGCGCCCAAGUCGUGGCUCAUCAGGCACCAGCGAGACGACGGUUCUUUCCCAGCUAUGGGGCGGAUUCUGAACAAAGACCUGCAGGGUGGGAUCCAUGGGAAGAUCUCUCUGACAGCUUAUCUGGUGGCAGCACUCUUAGAGACGGGGAUAUCAGAUGAUGAAGAGAAGUUGGCUGUGUCCAAAGCUAAGGACUUCCUGGAAACCAAUACUUACUCCGCUGAUGACCCUUAUACAACUGCCCUGUGUGCAUAUGCCUUGGCUCUGCUCCGCAGCCCCUUUGCUCCUCUCGCCCUGCGGCGCCUCAACCACAUGGCCAUUACGCAAGAUGGACUCACCCACUGGAGCCUGACUGGAAGCAUGAUGACUGAUGAAGACACUUUCAUGGGUUUCAGCGAUGGCCUCUCCCAGUCAGUGGUUUCAGCAGAGGUAGAGAUGACGGCUUAUGGUCUUCUUACCUACACUCUCCUCGGGGAUGUGGCGUCAGCCUUGCCUGUAGUCAAAUGGCUCUCCCAACAGCGGAACGCCCUUGGUGGCUUCUCCUCAACACAGGACACAUGUGUCGCACUGCAAGCAUUAUCAGAGUACGCCAUCCUGUCCUACAUUGCGGGUGUCAACCUCACCAUCUCGUUGGCCUCCACGAACCUGGACUUUCAGGAGACCUUUGAACUCAACAAGGACAACAAGAAACUCCUUCAGCGCGCUAAGAUUCCCAGCAUUCCAACAGGCCUUUUUGUCAGCGCCAAAGGAGAAGGCUGCUGUCUCAUGCAGAUUGACGUUUCCUACAAUGUACCCGACCCCAUAUCGAAGCCGGCUUUCCAGCUCAAGGUGGACCUCAAAGAGAUUUUCCCCGGCCGCCAUCAACAGCCUCCUCUUCCUCCUUCAUCUUCCUCAUCUGCCCGUCAUGCUGCCUCGCGACCCCGCAGCCGUGCCGACAACCGCUCGGAGCUCAACCGCAAGCGUCGAGCGCCUAUCGACGACGACGACCCCGCAGCUCACAGGGACAAAUUGGACUUCCACAUCUUCUUGGAAGUCUGCGCCAGGUGGCUUAAUUCGGGCUCUUCCAACAUGGCCGUCAUCGAGGUCCCCAUGAUCUCCGGUUUCCGAGCAGAUGUCGAAAGUCUUGAAAGGCUGCUGAUGGACAAGCGCGUGGGUCUGAAGAGGUACGAGCUCAGCGGCAGGAAAGUGUUAUUCUACUUUGAUGAGAUCCCCAGCCAGUGCAUGACGUGUGUGGCCUUCCAGGCUGUCAGGGAAUACAUUGUGGGCAAGACGGCACCUGUUCCGGUCAAGAUCUACGACUACUAUGAACCAGCCUUCGAGGCCACCCGAUUCUACAACGUCAGCGAGAGCAGCACGCUCGCCCGGGAACUGUGCGACGGACCAACUUGCAACGAGGUGGAAAGUUCAUCCAAUCAAUGGACAGGUUUUGUGCAGGCCAGCCAGUGCAACAACGUGUUUGGCUGCUUGGAGGAGGAGCAGUUUGAACGCUGUACCUGCUACCGGGAUUGCGGCUACGAUGGAGAACGCGUGUGCGGGUCCGACGGACAGAUCUACCUGAACCAGUGCCAGAUGGAAGUGUUUGCUUGCCGGAACGGAACGCGGAUCAAGCAGGUCCCUGCGUCCCAGUGUCCUCACAUGGAUUCUAGGGCAGAGGACAAGCAACCAAUAGUGAGCCAGGAGACUGAGGAACCCUCCGUGCCCAUACACACAGGUGAAGAAGAGCAAGGCUCAAUGGCCGACGUGUCUUACUACUCUUAUGAUUACGACUCCGAGCCAUUCCUGGCCAAUGCCGAGGCGCGAGACCCCAAUUUCGAUGUUCCCAGAGCCGACCCGGACAUGGCCCAGAAAGUCGUCCUGCCCUUCAACGCCCAAAUACCCACAGCUGAUGCAGGGAACAGUCCCGAACGAUGAAAUGCCAGACUGAAGCCGUCCCCACUUCCACUUUGUAAAUUAUUUGUGAAUAUACUCAUGAAUGGAAAGUGAAGAGAGAAGCCCCAAAGGAUGCAACAUGAACGUGUGUGUAUAUACAGUAUGUGUGUGUGUUCGCUUUCCUGUUUGUAUCAUCAUAGCAUUUUGGUUAUUCAUCCUACCGCCUCUUCUAUAAUCACUAGAACAACAAAUAAAGUAUUUAUGUUGUUUUGUUGUAAUUACAGCCGCCUUUAAGCAAAGCUAUUGUUAUAUUUUCUAUUUCCGGUAUUUAUUUGUUGUUAGACUUCAUAAUCAUUGUUCUUUUUUUGACAUUAGCCGCCCAAAUGCGGGGAUGUUGCGGUCCAGUCUCUACAGUUGUGCUGUUUGUCGUUAUCAUUCGUAACUAUCUUUAAAGUUGACAUACAGUGGUACCUCUACUUACAAAAUUGGUUCUGGAAGUAGUUUUGUAACUUAAACAUUGACUUCAUAAUGUAUUGACGGCUCAGAUCAGUCAUGCACUGCGCCUCGCAUUCACGUAGGGGGCCACCCACAUCAAGAGGAGCUAUUCAAAAACAUGCAGCGAUCUAAUGCCGGAUUUCUGUUGAAAAAGUACAAAGCUGUACCGCAUACAAACAGGAAGGAUUGUCUCAGGAGUGAUUUGUUCGAAGAUUCAAGGUAUUUAUUAUAUUUUUCGUACCAUGCAUGCAUUUUCAGUGAGUGAAAUUUCCGCUACUGCAUUGUCAUCAUAGUUCGCAAUAUUUACGCCAAAAAAAAAAACAAAAAAAAAAAAAAAAAUGGUAACUGCACGUUUUUUUUUUUUUUUGCUUUUAACCAAAAAUCGAGACUGUUUUACUUUCAUAUCUAUGAAGAAUUCGGGGAUUUAAGCAUUUUUUCUCAAGAAUUUUCACCGGAAAAGCUCUGUUGACAUCAGGCGGCUGCUCGCUACAUUCACUAACAGACUAGCAUUUUAUUUACGUAAAAUAAACGCUAACUGCACUGUUUUUUUUGCUUUUAACCAAGAAUCGAGACUGUUUUACGUCCAUAUCUAUAAAGAAUUCGGGGAUUUAAGCAUUUAUUCACAAGAAUUUUCACUAGAAGAGCUCUGUUUACAACAGGCGGCCUCUAGCCACAUUCACUAACAGACUAGCAUUGUACUUCGACACAUUUACGUAAAAUAAACGCUAACUGCACAGUUUUUUUUUUUGCUUUUAACCAAGAAUCGAGACUGUUUUGCGUCCAUAUCUAUAAAGAAUUCAGUGUUUGAAGCAUUUAUUUACAACAAUUUUCAAUGAAAAAAUCUUUGUCUGUGAUUCCACUCAGUCAGCUUUGACAGCCUCGCCAACAAUGCAGUCCCCCUAUUUAUCAGCCCCGCAUCCCCUCAAUACAUUAUGAAGUCUAUGAACUUAAAUUCUGUAAGUAGAGACACAUUUUCCAUGUAAAUGCCCUAAUCCGUUCCAAGCCCCCCAAAAUUCAGACACGGAUAUUUUAUUAUGCACAAAAAUGCAUCAAAACAUGUAACAAAUUCAUGUCACAAAUAGAUUAUUGCACAAUAAACAUAAAAUCUGAGUUGUGCAUUAUGUAAAAAACCAAGAAUAACGAAUAAACUUAAUACACUCAUGUUAAGCUGUCUGAACAUGAGCGAAUGAAGAGGACGCUAGGAUACACGCAUACACAUACAGUAGAGGUCCCUCUUAGCCAAUUGGAUGCCAGGAAUGCUAGGCAACAGCCAAUGGCAGAGCACCUAUGAGUAUGUUAUGUUUAGUAAACUUUGGGAGCUGCGAGUACCAGCCAUUUUUGCCUUUCAUAUCCUGAAAUUUCUUUCGUAACAAGAUUUUCCCGUUAAGGUGUGUCUUAACUUGAAAAUUCUGUUGAUAGAGACGUUUGUAAGUAGAGGUACUACUGUAUUAUGUAAGAUUGACUUUUGAAAUUAUUAAAACAGUUGGGAAAUUAUAGCAAAGUAAAUCUGUUGUCAGGUGCCCAUUUUGACCCAUUCUUCAAGUUUUGCUUAAUUGUGAAUGAUGAAACAGUUGGGCUAUUUUACAUAUUAUAUAAAAUGAGGUGCUUACUUGUCAAAACCAAAAGCUAAGCAGAGCUGCGGUGUUGUUGGAUGUACAGCAUUAACUUCCGAUAAGUGGCACAUUAUCAAAUUUUGGGCAAGGUUCUCAACCUAAUGAAUAUAAUGCAUGCUUUUACUGUUUUUAAUUACAUUUUUCACAACACCGUUAGGUCCGUCCCUCGACAUAAAAUAUUAAAUAUAUAUAUGUUCAGUAUAUAUAUAUGGUGGAAAACAUUCAGGUGACUUGAAGUUCCGCUCUGUAACCCCCAAUUUGGCCAAAUUUCAAAAUUCUCCAAUUUGCAAUUGUGAUUAAGCUGAAAAUCUCUUUUCUGGGGGAAGAACAUUUUUGAACAGGAGGGCAUUUAAAAAAAAAAAAAAAAAAAAAAAAAAAAAAAAAAAGGUAAACCCCUAAAC